AUGGCAAAUGGUAUUGCUGAAUCCUUUAAUAACUGGAUUGUUGCUGAGCAUUCACUACCCCCUUUCGCUAUGUUAGAUCAAACAAGAAUGAAAGAAAUGAAGAUGAUGUCAGAAAGGAGUGUUGAGUCGAAAUCUUGGACUACCAAGCUUACUCCUAAAAUGGAGAAGAGGCUGAAAGAGCAGCUUGAUAGGUCUCGUGUGUUCAGGGUGAUUGCUUCCCAUAAAAAUGUUUAUGAGGUUAGGAAUGAUAAGUACUCCUAUUCAGUGGACCUCUCUACUCGUACUUGUUCAUGUGUGAAGUGGCAGAUUAAUUGCUUCCCAUGCGCUCAUGCACUUGCUGCUAUACAUGGUGUAAGACUUGAUGUGUAUGAUUUCAUUGAUCCUUAUUUUACUACUGAAUACUAUAGGAUGUGUUAUAGCUUUCCUAUUGCAUCUCUGAGUAACGUGGAUGCCUCUUGUUCUUCCACUGAGGACUUUAUACUACCUCCUGUUACAAAGAGGCCGGCUGGGAGGCCUAAAUCAAAGAGGAUAGCAUCUGCUGGUGAGAAGAAGCUGAUUCGAUGCGGUCGUUGUAAUAAGAUGGGCCAUCAUAACAAGAAGAGAUGUGCUCUACAUCAAACUAUGGAGGAUAGAUCUGACAUUGGCGGAUUAGGAAUGAUUGUUACCCAUAGUGCAGCUGCUUUAUUUCAGCAGUACCGCUCUGCUAAACCCUGGUGGCAGUCCCUCGGAAUCUUGGUUUUUCAGAUGUGCUUUCUGCUGAAGCUCAAGCCCUUCGACAUGGUCUCAUGAAGCUCUCAGAGUCCUCCAAUCAAGCUGUCAUCAUUGAAGGCGACUCUAAAAUUCUUCUAGAUGUCCUCACUGGUAAAGCACAAUGCCCUUGGAGGAUCAAAUUUUUAGUCCAAGAUAUACCUUUGUAAUGGUUUAAGUUCAGUUGUGUUUAAGCAUGUUUGGCGGAAGGAAAUUGUAUGGCUGAUGCCUUGGCU